AUGCUCAAUUUCCCUGGCGAGAGCACGGAUGCUGAUAUACCUGGCGAGAGCACGGAUGCUGAUACACCUGGCGAGAGCACGGAUGCUGAUACACCUGGCGAGAGCACGGAUGCUGAUAUACCUGGCGAGAGCACGGAUGCUGAUAUACCUGGCGAGAGCACGGAUGCUGAUAUACCUGGCAAGAGCACGGAUGCUGAUAUACCUGGCAAGAGCACGGAUGCUGAUAUACCUGGCGAGAGCACAGAUGCUGAUAUACCUGGCGAGAGCACGGAUGCUGAUAUACCUGGCGAGAGCACGGAUGCUGAUAUACCUGGCAAAAGGACGGAUGCUGAUAUACCUGGCGAGAGCACGGAUGCUGAUAUACCUGGCAAAAGCACGGAUGCUGAUAUACCUGGCGAAAGCACGGAUGCUGAUAUACCUGGCAAAAUCACGGAUGCUGAUAUACCUGGCAAAAGGACGGAUGCUGAUAUACCUGGCGAGAGCACGGAUGCUGAUAUACCUGGCAAAAGCACGGAUGCUGAUAUACCUGGCGAAAGCACGGAUGCUGAUAUACCUGGCAAAAGCACGGAUGCUGAUAUACCUGGCGAGAGCACGGAUGCUGAUAUACCUGGCGAGAGCACGGAUGCUGAUAUACCUGGCGAGAGCACGGAUGCUGAUAUAGCUGGCAAAAGCACGGAUGCUGAUAUAUCUGGCAAAAGGAUGGAUGCUGAUAUACCUGGCGAAAGCACGGAUGCUGAUAUACCUGGCGAAAGGACGGAUGCUGAUAUACCUGGCAAAAGCACGGAUGCUGAUAUACCUGGCAAAAUCACGGAUGCUGAUAUACCUGGCGAAAGGACGGAUGCUGAUAUACCUGGCGAAAGCACGGAUGCUGAUAUACCUGGCAAAAGCAUGGAUGCUGAUAUACCUGGCGAGAGCACGGAUGCUGAUAUACCUGGCAAAAGCAUGGAUGCUGAUAUACCUGGCAAAAGCAUGGAUGCUGAUAUACCUGGCGAAAGCACGGAUGCUGAUAUACCUGGCGAGAGCACGGAUGCUGAUGCUGACUUUUAA